AUGUUGUUUGAUCUACAACUGGAAUUCAAGAUGCUCUGUAUUUGUCUUGAUGGAUCAAAAGAUGAAAACUUGUUUAACCAGAUAUCCAGUAAUUUGGGAUCAGUUGAGUAUCUUAGCAUCUCAUCUAGUUUCAAUACUGGCUUCGAACCAGUUUUCACUUCAUGGCCACAAAAAAUUAUGAUCAUGGGUUCCGCUUGGUUCACUCUUGAAUAUCUCUUGGCGUGCACUUCCACUACAAUUACACUCGGGUGGUCACAUUUGGGAAACAAGGAUUUGGAUAAGAUACUCAAGAAUUGGAAGGCUGGAGGAUUUCCGAAUCUCGAGCGUCUGAAGAUCCAGAGUCGAUAUAUCAGAAGUUUUGGAGUGACAAUUUUGGGAAUGAAUUGGAUGGAAUUGAACGGAAUGGUAAUUCAAACAGAUGAUGGAUCAAGAAAGGCAACUAUAAAACUAGACUUCGAUACUAUUGAAAUGUCUGUGACUUCAUUUUAA